AUGUCCCGUCAUACCAAGACUAUCGUGCAGUCUGCCAUCCUCAAGUCUGCCGCGAACCUCACCGCACAGCUCUUCCGCUACUCGACCAAUGCGACAGCUCCGCCCCCGGACUGGAAAGCAGUCAUUGAAUUCGCUGUCUUCGGCCUAAUUCAGGCCCAAGUGAACUGCCAUUGGCAGGAGUUCUUGGAAGAUUCAUUUCCCUCGUACUUGGCCAGCGCUCCGGCAGCGGAUGAGGCAACUGCUGCCCAAAAGAUCAUCCAGUGGCGGAACAUUGUUUACAAGAUUCUUCUGGAUCAGACCAUCGGGCUUUUCUUCAUGAACACGAUAUUUUUACUUUGCACCAAUUUCAAGAAAUCCGAGAGUGCGUCCGUGCUUGUGGCAGAAGUCAACCGGAAGAUCUGGCCCUUAAUCAUGAACGCUUGGAAAGUCUGGCCAGCUUGUUCUCUAUGCAAUUUUAUUUGGGUUCCUGUGGAGUCUCGAGUCCUUGUUGCCUCGUGUGUGGGGUUCGGCUGGAAUAUCUUUCUAGCCUUCUUUACGAUGUUUCAAUAA